GCUAUGUAAGCCAGCAGGGAGGGCAGCGCUCCACGCCCCUCAUCAUCGCAGCACGCAACGGGCAUGCCAAGGUGGUGCGCUUGCUGUUAGAGCAUUACCGAGUGCAGACCCAGCAGACUGGCACUGUCCGCUUCGACGGGGACUUCUCUUGGUGAAAGGAUUGCUUACUCAGUUUUAGAAUACAGUGAUGUCAAAGCCGGGUAUGGUGGCUCACGCCUGUAAUCCCAGCACUUGGGAGGCUGAAGCAGGAGGAUCGUUGCAAGUUCGAAACCAGCCUGGGCUACAAAGUGAGCUCAAAGGCAGCCUGAACUGCAUAGAGAGACCCUGUCUCAAAAAGACCAAAAAAGAAUACAGUGAUGUCUUUCGGUAUGUCAUUGACGGUGCCACUGCUCUUUGGUGUGCUGCGGGAGCAGGACACUUUGAAGUUGUUAAACUUCUAGUCAGCCACGGAGCCAAUGUGAACCACACCACAGUGACGAACUCCACGCCACUGCGUGCGGCGUGUUUCGAUGGCAGGCUGGACAUUGUGAAAUACUUGGUGGAGAACAAUGCCAACAUCAGCAUCGCCAACAAGUAUGACAACACCUGCCUAAUGAUUGCGGCAUACAAGGGGCAUACGGACGUGGUCAGGUACCUUCUGGAACAGCGUGCUGACCCCAACGCGAAAGCACACUGCGGGGCCACCGCGCUGCACUUUGCAGCGGAGGCCGGGCACAUCGACAUUGUGAAAGAGCUGAUCAAGUGGCGAGCUGCGAUCGUGGUGAACGGCCACGGGAUGACACCUUUGAAGGUAGCUGCCGAGAGCUGUAAAGCUGACGUUGUGGAACUGCUGCUCUCGCAUGCCGACUGUGACCGGAGGAGUCGGAUUGAAGCUUUGGAACUCCUGGGUGCCUCCUUUGCAAAUGACCGUGAGAACUAUGACAUCAUGAAGACGUACCACUAUCUGUACUUAGCCAUGUUGGAGAGGUUUCAAGAUGGCGAUAACGUUCUUGAAAAAGAGGUUCUCCCACCAAUCCAUGCCUAUGGGAACAGAACUGAAUGUAGAAACCCUCAGGAACUGGAGUCCAUUCGACAGGACAGAGACGCUCUUCACAUGGAAGGCCUUAUAGUUCGGGAACGGAUUUUAGGUGCUGACAACAUUGAUGUUUCCCACCCCAUCAUUUACAGGGGCGCUGUGUAUGCAGAUAACAUGGAGUUCGAGCAGUGUAUCAAGCUGUGGCUUCAUGCCCUGCACCUCAGGCAGAAAGGCAACAGGAACACGCAUAAGGAUCUUCUGCGGUUUGCUCAAGUUUUCUCACAGAUGAUCCAUUUGAAUGAAACUGUGAAGGCCCCAGACAUAGAGUGUGUCUUGCGAUGCAGCGUCUUGGAAAUAGAACAGAGUAUGAACAGGGUAAAAAAUAUCCCCGAUGCGGAUGUCCACAGUGCCAUGGACAACUAUGAAUGUAAUCUCUACACCUUUCUGUAUCUAGUGUGCAUUUCCACCAAAACGCAGUGCAGUGAGGAAGAUCAGUGCAAAAUUAACAAGCAGAUCUACAACCUGAUUCACCUCGACCCCAGAACUCGGGAAGGUUUCACCUUGCUGCAUCUGGCCGUCAACUCUAACACCCCUGUUGACGAUUUCCACACUAACGACGUCUGCAGCUUCCCCAAUGCACUAGUCACCAAGCUCUUGCUGGACUGCGGUGCGGAGGUGAAUGCCGUGGACAACGAGGGCAACAGCGCCCUUCACAUCAUUGUCCAGUACAACAGGCCCAUCAGUGACUUUCUGACCUUGCACUCUAUCAUCAUCAGCCUGGUGGAGGCAGGCGCUCACACCGACAUGACAAAUAAGCAGAACAAGACUCCGCUGGACAAAAGUACAACCGGGGUGUCAGAAAUACUGCUUAAAACUCAAAUGAAGAUGAGUCUCAAGUGCCUGGCUGCCCGAGCAGUUCGGGCCAAUGACAUUAACUACCAAGACCAGAUCCCCAGAACUCUUGAAGAGUUUGUUGGAUUUCAUUAAGUGACUAGAUAUGUAACAUCGUUUAAUGUGGUGCUAAAAAGUAAAGUACUUUAAUCACAGACAAUAGAAUUAUGUGUUCAUAAAUUGUGCUUUUCUUUCCACCCUCCUUCCUCUCAACCCAUCCUCCACUCGUUCUGUCUUUGGCCUCCUCACCUCAUUGGAUAAUUGAUUUCAGAUCCACUUUAAACCAAGCCACAUUGUUUAGGUGUAACUGUAAUCUAAGGGGUUUGACUGUCAGUUUCUUAUUGGUCUUUCUUUUUUUGAAGAAACAGAUAUACAUGCUUUGUUUAUAUAAUAAGGAAUGUUUAUGAUUUGAAGUUCAAAGUGUUUUAAACAGCUGCCUACAGUAGUAUUCCUGUUAAACCUAUGUCUGUUGUUUUCCAUGCAGCAGUUUGAGGAUUUCAUGAAGAAAAGGAACCAACAGGGAAGGCUGAAAGCAGUGGGAGGUCCAAGUGUUGUGCACAUGGCAUACUGUGAUAGUCUUCACUCUUCCACCAUGUGUGUGGAAGGAGACCAUAGAUUGUACCAGCAAGAGAACUUAAAAAGAUAUAGUUAUCCAGUAGCCUGAACAAAGUGCUAGUGUAAUAAUAGCUGCAAAUUCAGAAAGUUAAAGUCACCGCAUUGUACCGCAUAGUGUGUUCAAAGUGGUAGUAAUCUUAAACCAGCCUUCUCAGAGAAUUUCAAGAGGCUCUGCCUUUAGGCUUGAAUGUUUCAAAGUUUCUGUUCUAACCUAAUACAUCCAAGUUGCAGCCAGCUGCGUCUGAUUCACCUCGCAGAUGGGUAGACCUGAUGAAUGCCAUGUUUUCUUAUGAAACAAGUCAUCACAGUGUAGUCCUACACUUGCUUUUUGUCCCCUUCUCUGUUUCUUUUCAUGUUAUAUCUUAAAAUUUGGAAACACUUCUCCCUGAGAGCAUUGUAUGUGCUUCCCUAGUAAGGUGUUUAUGACUGAUGAAAAGAAGCCAGGAUAUUAAAACAUUUUUUUCACUUUGUAGUCCAUUAUAAGAGGUAGAAAAUCACUAGUCUGGUAUAUAUAUAUGAAAAUUGAGUGAUUUUGAUGAUGAUACAAUUCUCAGUACUACUUGAAAGGUAUUCUGAUGCAGCUGCAAAAUUUUCUACCAAGGUGUCAGUUAUUCUAACAGGCCAUACAGAGGUCUUUGCAUUUUUUUGUUUUAACAGUAACAUUUUAAAUUGUAAUCUAAAAGAGCAUUCUGUGAUUAAAGAAUAGUAGGAAUUCAAACAAAAGGUACACACCUGUUUCUAUUGAUGUGAAAAAUGAUAAUGAAAGUAAAGCUAGCUAUCUCUAAUUUUCUGUCUAGUGCCAAAUGAAUGCCUUAGCUACUCAUAGUGCAUGGUACUGUAAGUGAAGACCUGCAGCUUUUUUUCUUUAAUGAAACGCAUUAUAAGGAUGUAAACUUUAAAACACAAGAUUUCAAUUUGCCAUUUCACAUAAGGAUAUUGCUUUGUAAAAUACAAGAGAAAGGUUGCAGUUGGCUCAGUGUUAAAACAGUGACGAAGCCAAAAUCAGCACCUAGGGCCUUAAAUAGAGAUAACCCCAUGCAAUGAAAUCCUUGCUGGGUGGAAGGGGAAUCUUUAAAAACUUCUUCCCCCAAGAUGUAUGAUACAGGUGCCGUCUUUCUACUGUAUGUCUUCUUGCUUCAACUAGGAAUAUUUUGAUAUAAAUUCUAUCGUGAUAAUAGAUUUCUGUUUGCCCAAUCUGAGAUUUUUAAGAGGAGGGGUUUCAGAAUGGCCUAAAAGGGAGGUGUUAAAAUGAGUUCUGGCUGGGUUCAGUGGUGUAAGCCUGUAAUCCUGGCACUCAAGAGACUGAGGCAGGAGGACUGCUGUGUGUUUGAGGCCAGCCUGACCUAUAUAGUGAGACCCUUCCUUAAAAAACAAAACAACCCCCCCCCAAAACUCCAUCCUAAUCUGGAUAUUACUGAUGAUCUUCCUGGUGUGAAUCAAGGAAAUAUUGUACCUUUCUCUUGGCAACUCUCAGUGGCCUGAAAGAAAAAAUGCACUUCUCAUGGCUCAGGGCAGACUCUUUCAGGCUACAAGGUCCGCAUAUUUAACAGUGUGAGGAAGGGCUUGAUAGUUGGUAUUCAGUUGGUUUCAUUUUUAAUGUAUAUGAUUUUUAAAUGCCCAAACUUAAAGUAUCAGGUGAUGUUGCAUGUUUUAAUAACACAUUUCAUCCCCUUGGCUGCCCAGGGCCAGCACUGAGUUAGACAUUACUCAUUUAUAAAAUGAGGAUAAUUAUGUGUACAUAUGCAGACAUCAGUUUAAUGACAGUUUAGGAGAAGGGAAGACUGAGUGUGUCAAAGAAAGUAAGUCCUGCUGACUGAAAUACUGACCAAGUUGGAGAAGUGUGAAGUAGCAGAACAAACCAUGAAGUGUGGUAAUGGUAACUGGAUUUUUAAAAAACUAUCGUGUAGUCGUACAUUGUGCACUCUCUUGCUAAGGAUUUAAUUCUGUCUUGUAGUAUCAAUCCAAAUACUGAUUAUGAAAGAUAAAGCCAUUCUUGAAACAGUUGAUCUACAUUUGCUUUUUUUUUCCUCGUACUGGGGAUUGAACUCAUGACUUCACGCUUGCCAGGCAGGCGCUUGUGCCACUGAGCUAAAUCCCCGGCUCCAUUUGCUUUUUGUAGAAUUAUUUUAAAAUGUGUUUAGCCAAAUCUUUCAUAAACAUAAUUUUUUAAAGGAAAAUGAAUAGGUAAGAAAGGUGAAGUUCUGUGUCUCAGCACACUGAGAACACUAAACUCUCUUCAUUUUGUAGCCACUUUUACUUUUGAUGUUUAUUACUAAUAGAAUUAUGCUUUGAAUUGUGACUGUUCCUUGAUAGUGUUACAGAUUUGCUCAAGACUUCUGUGCCCUGCUUGGGAAUUGUCAUAAAUCUGGAGUAACUAAGGCAUGGGUGGAAGCUUUCAUUUACAAAUCCUGUGAAAUGUAGGUGGGUUUUCUGCUUUCAGUGGAGUUGGUGAAAUUGAAUUUGCAUUUAUAGAAGUCAAGGAGUGGGCAGCAAAUCCAUCCUGUGGGUUGAUAAGAAGGGGUAACCUUUUCACAUAAGACCCGAGCUGGCAGCACUGUUUCGUCUGGUCUACCCUGGAAGGCCAGAGCCCAGCAGCCUGUGGGACUUUGCUGUGGGAACUUGAGACAGACAAACCAGAGGAGGCACCGGCAGGCAUUGGUCUCGCUGGUUUCUGAGAUGGGUUUCAUCUCACUUUCCUGCCAGUCAGCCCGUGGUCGGUGAUUGUGAGGAUUUAGGUAUGAUGGCAUUGUUGGAAGUCAAAUAGGACUUGGGAGCAGCAGCUCCCUAAAUGCCAAUGCUAUUUGAUAAAUGUUUCUGCAAAUUAAAAUGUCAGGGGAACAAUAUCCUGUUAAGUUUUCAUCGUAGUUAAGGCAGCUACUUUGUGAACAAGACUACUUUAGAUUAUCAAGCAGAAUAAUCUUUUUUUUUUUUUUUUUUUUUUUUUUUGGAGUGGGGCAGCAUGAGGAGUGAGUUGCUGGACCCUGGAUUAUAGCGUGCAGGUUUAGAAGCAGCCAGCUGUGUAGUGAGUAGAGAGAUGGAAGUCUAAGGCCUAGCUCUUAGAUUUUCUGUAAAACUCUGAUAUACUCCUUUUCAGGCCAGCCAGAUAUGUCAGUGCACCGAUGAAUAUUAUUGCUUCUUAUUGACUAUAACAUUAAAAGAGGUUAAAGAACACAAAACUCUGCCUUUUUGCUCUAUUAAAAAUUUUAGUCCACAGGGUUUUAAGCUGUGUUCAUUCCUACCCUGAAAAUGCAUGGCUUUGUUCUAGAGGUCAUCUCUUGAGAGUAGUAGGCGCCUCCUUAAGUAUGUCUCCACCUUGCAGGGCUUUCUGAGACGCCUCUGUUAGACUCACCCCAACCUGAUGGGCUGGGCUGUACCAUGCCCCCUCCUCCCCCAGCUGCAGGACCUGAAACAGAUACCGCUCUGAUAUUGGUGACAUGUUAAUUUUUGGUCCUAGAUUUGUGGAGUGUACCUUCGUGUUGCUGUGUAGGGGAAGGACAGUGACUCGAUGGUCACCAGGGUGUUUCUUGAUGUGUGUGCAGGGGUGAAUACUGCUAAAUUACUUACAGCCUCUCUUUCAGGGGUCAUGUGAUGAAUGGCCUGAUCAGAACACGGAGCGAAGGUGUGAGCUUGCCAGGCAGUGCAAUAAACAGGUUUUUUUUUUUAUAUCUAUUCUUAAUCAAGUGUUGUAAAAUUUGUGCAUGGCCUUUUCGUGGUUGCUUAGUGAUUAAUUGGUAGAGGAGAAGGGAUGAGGGGAAAAGCCUCAGCUUUCCUAAUCAGUCUUUCAGAGGUACAUGGUGGGGAAUAAAACUUGACUGGCCUAACCCACUGCAAAGACCAUUUAUAAUAUUCACCCCAUUCUGCAGACCUCCAUGGAGAGGGACUACUUCGUUGUGUUCUAGUAAUUCACUGUGAUUUAUAACAUGCCGGUGAUGUCAUUCUAUCGUGCACUUUUGUCAAACCAUUUAUGUGACUUUAAUAAACAGUAAACUUGCUGACUACA